GCAGUCCGCGCGUUGGCCAUCUUGUCCAACACACUUACUCAUUGAAGGCAUCGAUUGAAUCCCGCAUUAAGUUAUAAAUCAUUCAUCGGGUGUUACCUUGUUCUGAGAGGACAUUAGAUCUUUUUCGUCAACUCGUGUUACUUUUCGGAUAUAAUAUAUGGAUGUCGGAUAUAAUUUGAUGGCGUUUAAGUUGUAACAUUUUGAUUGUGUGAGCUACAUAGCUUGCUAGCUACUCUGCUAAUUUCCCGCAUAUUGCCGCUCGACUGAGGUAGCUAUAGCCACAGCCAUGGCAAACAACGCAAUUGUCGGGAAUCAACAGCAACAGCAGGCCGUGAAUAAACCCACCUCGGGGAAGCAUGGGAAUGUGUUGCCGCUCUGGGGCAACGAGAAAACAAUGAACUUGAACCCCAUGAUCCUCACGAAUGUGCUCUCAUCUCCAUAUUUCAAGGUUCAGUUGUAUGAACUCAAGACAUACCAUGAGGUUGUGGACGAGAUCUACUUCAAGGUCUUGCAUGCGGAGCCCUGGGAAAAGGGAAGCAGAAAGACCGCAGGCCAGACAGGCAUGUGCGGCGGGGUCCGAGGCGUUGGAACCGGAGGUAUAGUCUCUACGGCAUUCUGUCUGCUGUACAAGCUGUUUACCUUGAAGCUGACCCGCAAGCAGGUGAUGGGCCUCAUCACACACACUGACUCUCCCUACAUCAGGGCUCUUGGCUUCAUGUAUAUAAGGUACACACAGCCACCUUCUGACCUUGUGGACUGGUAUGACGGUUUCCUUGAUGAUGAGGAGGAGCUGGACGUGAAGGCCGGCGGGGGCUGUGUUAUGACCGUCGGCGAGAUGUUGCGGUCCUUCCUGACCAAGCUGGAGUGGUUCUCCACGCUGUUCCCACGCAUCCCCGUGCCUGUACAGAAGAUGAUCGAUCAGCAGCUCAAAGCACGGCCCAGGAAGCAGCCGCCGAAGGAAGAGAAGACGGAGGAGCCUGCGGCAGAGUCAGCACGUCAGGGCGAACGAAAACGCUCGCGGACUCCCAGUCCCAAGCGCUCCCCCGACCGCUCCCGUUCCCGCAGCCACCAGAGAGAGCGCCGCGGCGUCAGCUUCGAUCACGAGCUGGAGCGCGAGCGAGACCGCCAGCGCAAGGAACGUGAGGGCAAGGACAGGGACCGGGGGGACAAGGACAAGGACAGGGACCGGGGGGACAGAGACCGGGAUCGAGAGAGGGAGAGGGGAGACCACGAGCGGAGACGCUCCCGGAGCAUAGAGAAACGCAGCCGGCGAAGCUCCAGCAGGGAGCAUCGCAAGGAGAAGGAGAAGGAGCGAGAACGUGAUGGAGAGAACGAGCGCAGUCGGCGGAAGGAAAGGGAUCACCACCACGAGCGUGAAAGGGACAGAGAUAAGGACAAAGACAAAGAGAGAGAGCGUUCGAAAGACAAGAGGAGCAAAGGGGAGAACGAGGAGCGGAAGCAUCGGGACGAGCGCGAGGAGAAGACGCGCCACAAGGAGGAGAAGAAGAGCAAGCGCUCGAGUCGAAGCCGUAGCAAGGAACGCAGGCACAAGGCCGAACGCUCCAGCAAGAAGCGGUCACGGAGCCGCAGUCACAGCCGGCACGAGCAGCCAGACGAGAAGGAGAAGGAGAAGGAUCGGGACCGUGGCAGGAAGAAGGAGAGCAGCCAGAGUGGCGAGCGAGAGAAAGAGCGCGCGCACAAACGCAGCCGCAGCCAGGAGCGCGUGCGCAACAGGCGCAGCCAAAGCCCAGAGCGUCGUGGCGAUGGCUCGCCUUGAUGACAGCCUUGACCCCCGACCCAAUCCAAUCCAACUUGCCCCCCCAUUCACCUCAGUUGGCCAGCUCUUCGCAUCAACAUCCUUUUUAUUUUUACCACCUUGCUUCUUUGUUUUAUUUCCGUGUUUCCUCACCCGUGUCUAAGGACAGUGAAAAGUAAAGGACAAACGACGGCAUUGGUGCAGCAAGGGACCAUGUAUCCUGGUUCUCCCACUGUUGUGCCUCUGUAGAUACCUCCCUGCACCUGUAGUCUCCUCCCCAGCACAAGAGCUAACUUGAGAGGGAAAAAAAGCUCCUUGUUUGUUUCUUUUCCCCUUUGUAAUUGUUCCGAUUUUAUUUCAGUUUUCAACAAUCCUCUGAAAUGCUUUGUACAUAAAGUUCUGAGAAUGUUUUGAAUUGUACGGAGCAACCACGGAUUUGUACAAUGCACUGAGCUGUGCUGAAAUUGUGUUGUGUUUGGUUCAUUGCUCUGUUGCAUUUCGUUUUCUAAUAAAAUACUUUUAUGAAAGUG